GAAGAAUCUGGUCUCUUGUUCAUUAGUUACUUUAAACGACUAGUUACUAGACACUAAUGUAAGAAUUUCCAAGAUUUUAAGUGAGAACUAUCUGAUUUUAUUAGAAAAUUUGAGAAUGAAGAUAAUAGAGAGAGAUGGGAGUGACAAGUUGUCAAAAGGUUUGUGAUGGAGGAGGGGUGACUGUCACAUCAAAUCAACUUGGCUAAAAAAUUCUUAUUUGUUUAGUUAUUAUUUUUGUGACUUGCAUUAUAUUUCCAAUUAACCUCUUAUAUGGCUGACUACUCAAAAUUUAUCCAUGGUUCAAUUUUAAAAUUAAACGUAACGUGUUAUUAGAGUCAGAUAAAUUUCAAAUCGAAAAUCAAUCCAUAAUAAAAUUGAAAUUCAUCCCGAAAAUGAUAAUAAUAAAUUGGCAUAUGACAUCAUCACCGGCGGCUCUAAUUUUAACUUUACCCUUAAUAAUAAAUAUAAAAGAAGAAGAAGCAAAUCUUUGUGAAGGGUUUUGUGAAAAGCUCUCAAUAAUGUCGAACCCUAUCCGUUGUCAGCCAACUCCACAAAGCGAUCGAAAAUUCGUAGAAAGGAAUCGAAGGAAAGAAAUGAAAUCCCUUUUCUCGACACUAAAUUCUCUUCUUCCAAAUCAUACCUCAAGGGAAGCUCCAAGAACAGUGCCGGAUCAACUUGAAGAUGCCACGAAUUACAUAAAAGAAUUACAAAAGAACAUACAGAAAUUGAAAGAGAAGAAAGAGGAGCUAAUGGGAAAAAAUAAAAUGGAAGAAGAUGAAGAAGCAGAAGGAAGAAGAAGAAGAAGAUUUGAACAUGAAACAAAACCUAAAUUAUUGCUACAAGUUAAAGCUCAUCAAAUUGGUUCUUCAGUGGAAGUGUUUUUGACCACUGGAUCAGACUAUCACUUUAUUCUUCAACAAGUCCUUCGACUUCUUCAAGAUAAUGGAGCCGAGAUCCUCAAUGUCAACCAGUCCAUGUUCACAGAUCGGGUUUUCCAUAAGAUAACGGCUCAGGUGGAUGGAGAAGGAAUAGGGCCAGGAGAUGGUGAAAGGAUUUGUAAGACAGUGAAGAAAUUUGUUUCACAGUACAAAGAUGAGCAAUGCAGUGUUGAUUACAAUGGCAAUGGCAAUGGCAAUGGCAAUGGUGGGGAAGAUUUAUGAAGCCAUUUAUUAUUGUACUGUCUUUUAUGGAUAAUUAAUGCUUGAAAUCAAACCAUCCCAUUAUUAUUAUAUCAUAAUGUUCCUUUGCAUUAUUAUUGGUGAAUUAUAUCCAUAUAAUCCCAAAUUGUUUGUUUUUCUUUA